GGUGAUGUUCUGUGUGUCUUUUCUGUAGACGUCGGCUGAUCUCCCAGCGAUCUUCUCUGGAGACUUUGGAGGACAUAGAGGAAAAUGCCCCACUACGCAGAUGUCGGACUCUCUCAGGAUCACCCAGACCAAAGAACUUUAAGAAGGUUCAUUUUAUCAAGAACAUGCGACAGCACGACACCAGAAACGGCAGGCCAACUCCUGAAGCUGAUUGGCAGCAGGCUCCUCUGGGAGCGAUGCAGAGGGAGAAUAGUCCUUAUCAGCAGCAGAAGAUCCUUCUGUAGCAUAUUUUCAGUGCUGCCAUAUCGAGACUGUACCCAAGUCGGGGACAUGAAGUUGGAUGGUGGACGCCAGUGCCAUUCUAGUGGAGUGUGUCUGAAAGAGAUCAUUGGUCUUGAAGGUGUGGAGCUUGGAGCAGACGGGAAGACUGUUUCGUAUACACAGUUCCUGUUUCCAACCAAUGCUCUAGGAACUCGGAGGAACACAAUAGACUCCACCUCAUCCUUCUCCCAGUUUCGCAAUGCAAGCCAUCGUAGCCUUUCUUUGGCAAGAGCUAACAGCACCCAGGGGAGCAUCGAUGCAGGCAGUGACCUGGGAGACUAUGUUGAAUAUGACCCAAAUCUUUUAGAUGAUCCCCAGUGGCCAUGUGGCAAACAUAAGCGGGUUUUAAUAUUUCCUUCAUAUAUGACUACAGUCAUAGACUACGUGAAGCCAUCAGAUCUCAAAAAGGACAUGAAUGAGACGUUUAAGGAGAAGUUCCCUCACAUCAAGUUAACCCUCAGUAAAAUAAGAAGCUUGAAGAGAGAAAUGCGCAAGCUUGCUCAAGAAGAAUGUGGUUUUGAAGAGCCCACAGUAGCCAUGGCCUUUGUCUACUUUGAGAAGCUCGCUCUCAAGGGGAAGCUGAACAAGCAGAAUAGAAAGCUUUGUGCUGGAGCCUGUGUUCUUUUAGCAGCCAAAAUUGGCAGUGACCUCAGAAAACAUGAAGUCAAGCAUCUUAUAGAUAAACUGGAAGAGAAGUUCCGGCUGAACAGGCGAGAGCUGAUUGCCUUUGAGUUCCCGGUGCUGGUGGCCUUGGAGUUUGCUCUCCACCUUCCUGAGCACGAAGUGAUGCCACACUACAGACGCUUGAUCCAGAACUCCUAGCACUGGCUGCCCUGCUGGGAAGGGGCUCCGGACUGUUCCCACCCGGCUCUCUUGAGCUGCAGUUACUACUGGAAAUGCAAAAUCAGACUCCUAAAACUUCACUCUCUCCCUCUCCGAACCAGUUUUUUCAACAACUGAUGGGAAACGCUGCGUUGACAUAAGACUCAGCUUUGACAAAUUUAGAUGUCGUUACUUUCUCAAAGCAGGUGGAGACUGAGAUGUUGGUACAUGGUUAAUGUGCUGAAACUGGAUGACAACUGACCCUACCAGUGGGGACUGCGGACCUACAAGCUACCUGUCAUCAGUCAUACAAAAGCCUGAGGGGGCAGCCUCCAUUACCAUCCCUCUCUCAAUCACACAAACCCUGAAAGCCCACUUGAGUGCAUUCUCAUAGUGCUUUUUCUACAGACCUGCUGCAACUCAUGAAAGGACUCCUUGUGAAAAAGCUUUUAAAGAGGAUAUCUUCACUGUGUCAAAAAGAAUGUGCCAAUCUAUUUUUGUAUCAGCAAUUGAAAGUGCACUUUUUCCUGUGGGGUGUUUGUGUGUAGAUGUGUGUGUGUGUGCGCGAUGCAGAUCUGACCUGUGUCCAUGUGGGUGGCUUUGCUGUUUCAGCCUGUAUCAGUUACUGAGGGGGAAGAUCAAGGUGACCUUACGUGUUUACUUCUUGAAAAACAUAACUACUGGAAAAGUGGUAAAUGGGAUCAUUUUUGGAUGCUCGUUUUAUUGUUUUCUAAUUCUCUGAUCUUUCCAACAUCUUACCUUUGAAAGGAUUACACUACUAUCAGGAGAGAAGGAUCAGCAACUGACCAUAAGUUUUCAGUCAUGUUUGUGAUAAAAGUGAAAGCAUUAGUAUGAGAUUUCCAUGUCAUGUUUUUUAAAAAUAUCUUGUGUUAAGCCACAUGCUUAUUUUUAACCUUCGCACUUUUCCCACUGUGGAGAUGGUUAAGACUUGCACUGUGUAGUGUUGUAUUUCUGUGCUCUAUGUUAGAGUGCAUAAUAAGCACAUUUAUUGUGCUGUAUCUUAAAACAGUGUUUUAUUAAAAAAAAAAA